AUGACACGCAGCAAAGGCUCAGUCUUAGGUCCCAAGGAUAUCAGUCAGAGGACACUGGACCCAGACAGGGACUCAUCAACACUGGACAGAGAGAGCGAAGUCCACGCUGUCACCACUGUCUCACCAAUGAACGUCCCCAACCACCAGCCUGUCCUCAAGGGCCUGUUGCUUCAUGAGCACCUACUUACACGGGACUUCCAGGGUGACCAGCACUUUUUUAGGAGGGAUGGCUCUGUGGCUGCCUAUUCUACCAUGCCAGGCCCUGUGUCUGCCUCAGAUGCAAAAGACCCUGUCACUCAGUUGGUGCCCCACGAGGAUGCCCCAGCCUUCUCAGACAUUGCCUCUACUGCCACUGUGGCUGCCACCUCCCCACUGACCACAUUUUCUCCUACAACACCAAGGCCGCCCAUGUCUCUCCCUCAAAAGAAGACAUCUAAGGAGAGGACCAGGGGGGAAGACAAGGUAGAACCAACAACAGAGUCGCUCACUACUCAAGUGACGCCCAACAAUAGAGGUUCAGUCAGUGAAAACAACCCAGUGGCUUCCUUAUCCUCGCAGAGAAGUCGGCCUCAAAGUUGGAGUGCUUUUCCCGCAGAGGGAACCCUUGCACCUUCCUCAAUGAGGGUGGAGAAAGGGCAAGCUAGGGAAACAGCAGUGAAAAACAAAACCAGCCCAGAUCAUCCGCUCCUCAACCCAACUUCAGCAUCCAGAGAAGAGGGUACCACCAUGACGUCCACAACCGUUACCACAACAACCAUCACCACCGUGCAAACAGCAGAACCAUGCAGUCUGAAUUUCACUGACCCUGAGGGUAACAUCGAAAUUCUGCAGCAACUUGACUCUGGAGUGGAGUGUAACUACUUGGUUACGGUCUACCUGGGAUUUGGCAUUGAGGUUCAGGUGCUAAAUGUGAGUGUGUUGGAGGGGGAGCAGGUGACAGUGGAGGAUACAGGUGGCCGAGAACCAUUCAUCCUUGCCAAUGAGUCAGUCUUGAUGAGGGGCCUUGUACUACGCAGCUGGAGCAACCAGAUCUCCAUCCGAUUCCGUAGCGACCAACAGCACAACUCCGGAUUCGUCCUGCUGCACUACCAAGCCUUUGUGCUGAGCUGUGCGUUCCCCAAAGAGCCUGCUGGCGGAGAGGUUUCUGUGACACACCUCCAUGCUGGCGGAGAAGCCUUCUUCCGCUGUUUCACGGGCUACAAGUUGCAAGGCCCAAAAAUGCUUACCUGUCGCAAUGCAACCACACCUUACUGGAGUGGAAAGGAGCCCCGAUGUGUGGCAUCCUGUGGGGGAAUGAUAAAAAAUGCCACCUACGGUCGUAUCGUCUCACCAGGUUUCCCUGGCAACUACAGCAACAAUCUGACAUGCCACUGGGUCCUGGAGGCCCCUGAAGGCCACCGGCUUCACAUUCACUUUGAGAAGGUGGCUCUGGCAGAGGACGAUGACAGGCUGCUGAUUAAGAAUGGCAACAACAUAGACUCUCCCCCUGUGUACGACUCAUAUGAGGUAGAGUAUUUGCCCAAUGAGGGCGUGCUCAGUACUGGACGUUACUUGUUUAUAGAGUUUACCACAGACGGGACAAUGACCUCCACUGGCGCAGCCAUCAGAUACGAAGCUUUUGCGAAAGGUAUGUGCUACGAGCCCUUCGUGAAGUAUGGCAACUUCAGCAGCAGUGAUUCUACCUACGGUGUGGGUGCAGUGGUAGAAUUCUCAUGUGAUCCUGGCUACACCCUGGAGCAAGGCUCCGUAGUGAUAGAGUGUGUGGAUGCACAAAACCCCCAGUGGAAUGAGACUGAGCCGGCUUGUAGGGCUGUGUGCAGCGGGGAGAUCACAGACUCUGCCGGUGUGGUGCUGUCUCCUAAUUGGCCUGAGGCCUAUGACAAGGGGCAGGACUGCAUCUGGGGCAUCCAUGUGGAAGAGGACAAGAGGAUCAUGCUUGACAUCCAAGUUCUCCAUGUUGGCAAGAAUGAUCUGCUGACCUUCUAUGAUGGUGAUGACCUGACAGCGAACAUCCUGGGCCAAUACAGUGGCACACGGCCACACUUCAAGCUCUAUACCUCCAUGGCUGAUGUCACAAUUCAAUUUCAGUCAGAUCCUGCCACCAACAUCUAUGGCUACAACAAUGGUUUUGUGGUCCACUUCUUUGAGGUGCCAAGGAACGACACCUGCUCUGAGCUGCCGGAGAUCACAAACGGCUGGAAGAGCACAUCUCACCCUGACCUCAUCCAUGGCACUGUCAUCACCUACCAGUGCUACCCUGGAUUUGAGCUGGUAGGGUCUGAGAUCCUCAUGUGCCAGUGGGAUCUCACUUGGAGCGGUGACGUGCCGAGAUGUGAGGAAGUUAUGACAUGUCAGGACCCUGGAAAUGUGGAGCACAGUCAUAAGGUGAUCACUGGAAGCCGCCUCACCGUUGGAUCGACAGUGCAGUUCAUCUGUAAUAAAGGCUACAUCCUGUCUGGCAACAGCCUCCUCACCUGCUACAACCGAGAUUCUGCCACACCCAAGUGGAGCGAGAGGCUUCCCAAGUGUGUCCCUGAAAAGUAUGAGCCAUGCAGGAACCCUGGUGCUGCCUCCACCAGUGUGCAGAGCUCUGAAAAGGCGUUUUACCAAGCAGGGGAGAUGCUGACCUUCUCCUGCCACUCAGGGUACGAGCUUCAGGGUGACGCCACCAUCUACUGUAUCCCUGGACACCCGUCGCAGUGGAAUAGCACUCCCCCUGCCUGCAGAGCAUCCUCAACUCAAUAUGUGAACGAACGCAGGCUAGAUGUGGUUAAUAUGGAUUAUGGCAUGGAGGGAACCAAUAUUGCCCUCGCUGUUUUUAUUCCAACUGCAAUCAUCUUGGUGGUUGUCCUUGGGAUUUAUGUCUACUUUGCCAAACUCCAAGGGAAGACUAUCAGAAUGCCAACAUCCUCGCCACCGUAUGACAACAUGACAGAAGAGUCAGCUUUCGACAACCCUGUGUAUGAGUGCGGAGUAAGUACAGAUGUCAUGAGCAUGCGAGACGUGGAUUCACACAACACCAGUGUGCUGUCCUGA